CCCAUAUCAACAAGCACACCAACCACACGACUCCAACCAUCAUCAUGUCUGACGAUGAGCAUCAGAGCGAGGGCGAGGGCGCCCCCAUGGAGAUCCCCGAGCCGGUUGUGGUCAAGUACUGCCCAGUGUGUACCAUGCCGUACGAGUACUGUGAGUUUUCAAACACAAAGAAGCAGUGCUACACGAGGCUGAAGGAGGACGACCCAGACCUGUUUGCAGAGCUCCUCGGCGAUUUGAACUUGGAUGAGGUCCAGGACAAGAAGAAGCCUGCACAAGUGAAAUUCACCGAGGACACCAAGAAGUCGGCGAUUGUCGUCACGCGCAUCCAGCGCACAAAGAAGAAGUUUGCGUCCAACAUUGCUGGCCUCAAGGCAUUCGGCAUCGACCUGAAGAAGGCAUCAAAGGCCAUCUCCGGGCGGUUUGCUGCGAGCUCGAGCGUGGUUGGCGACGAUGAGGUGCAGGUGACCGGCGACGUCACAGUCGACAUUGUUGACUUUCUCACAAGCAAAUUCGACGGGAUCAAGAAGGAGGACAUCAAGAUUGUGUUCAAGAACAAGAAGCCAAAGGCUGAUACCAGUUGAAGCCGCGAUUGGCCUCUUUUGUUGAGAGUUGUUGUUCGAGUCUUGAGAUGAAGAGGUGAUGUGGGGCAUGGUGGCGACAGCUGUGAAGCAUCGGUGCUCUUGGCGCUACUUGCCUGUGUCUGCAUCUGCACCUGUGUCUGCCUGUGUGGAUGAGCCACGCGUUUGAUUGCUCGUACAGCACAUGUAGCAACCACCCCACACACUAUGACAACACGAAAAGACAGCCAAAAAGUGAAGCAACAUCAAGCAAG